AUGCCUUCACAGUGCAAGAUCCGAACUGAUUCUCUAAGUCAUAAUGUCAAAGCCUUGGGCAAAUUUGAUUCUUAUUGGGGGAAGUUGAAGUUAUCGAACUGGGAUCAUGAAAUUAUGAUCUAUUACAUACAUGAUUUGCUGAGAAAGAACUUUAAUCCUUUAAUCAAAACAACUCAACGCGUUUUACUUGCUCAACGACAGCUUGUGAGUGCUACAAAAUUUCUUAGAAAAAGAAAUUGUUGA